AUGGUCGCUUCGCAGUUGACUUGUUUCGAAUGCGACUCCUGUGCCCUACCUUUCGACGACAAUCCGGAAAACUUUAAAAAAGUCCAGUGCUCAGGAGCUUGCUACAUCAGCAACUACACAUUGGACGACGACGACUACGGGCUGAUAGAGGGGACAUCCCGCGGCUGCCUGCCAAAACUCGAGCCAAAGGAAUUUCCCUGCUACAACUGGAAGAAUGACAGUGAAUCAGUUACAGGCUUCUUAUGCGAAUGCUCGCUACCGCAAGCUGACUGCAACAAAGAGUGGCCAGAUAAAAUAUCCUACAAAACUGACCCUUCCACACCAACUACGGCCCAGUAUACUAGAGGGCCCUUCACCACCGAAGUUCGACCCCAGGGGGGUUCCGUCAGUUUGGGGGUUUUAAAGUUUCAAGUGUUUUUUUGUUUUGGAGUUGUGAAUUUGUUGCUUUUGUUGGUGUAA